AUUCCUAUCGGGAAUAAAUUAUGUUAUUAAUUUCGUAAAAGAUGUUUUAUUCGCAUGAACUGCUUUCUCUGCGACAAAAAGGAAAACUUGCACGAUGUUGGUUAGCUGCAACAGUCAACGAUAGAAUAUUCAAGCAAAUGUGUAAAUCAUCAUCCGUGAAUAGAAUUAAUCUCUGUGAACUAUGCAUGGAAAUAAUGAAUACUGUUCAAAUAGAAAGUAAUGAAACUAGUAGACGAUUUAGUUUAUACUUGUCAUCCCAACUUAUGUAUGGAGCAGCAAAACUUCUUUUAUAUCAGACCACCAGUUUACAAACUCAAGUUUUUCAAAUAAAUACAAAAGUAUUGUACCACAAAAAAAGUAAAAUAGAUGAAAGAACUACUGUUGUAAAAGAUUUAAAUUUGUAUAACAUAACUUCUGUAAUCCAAGAUCUUAAUGAUGUUCAAUUAGAUAAUGCUUCAUCUGUUGCUCGUGAUGAAUUUAACAUAAACACUAAAAUAGAAGCGAUGAGAAAUAUUUGAGAGAAUACAUAUCACUGAUUCUAAUCUGGACAGAGAAUUAAGUGAUACAUCUACUGCAAAUAAAAUAACUUUGCCAAGUUUAGAAGAACCUGAUGUAUCGGGGCAUGAAUUAGAAACAGAAAUUUCAUUUUCUGAUCGUGAUGACAUAAUCAUAG